AUGGCCACGCCGUUUGUUCCGGUACCCGUGCCCAUGCAGCGCGCUCCGCGGGCGGACAGCGAGAGAGAGAGAGCCGCGGACAGAUGCCCGAGUCCCGUCACCCGCGCCAGGCUCAGCGGCACCCAGCGCUCGGUGGAGUACUCCAGCCACCCGCUUCCCGAGACUCCGGGACAGAGCUGGGACGAGCGGCCUAUCACGCCCACCGUGCUGGGGUACGAGGUGAUGGAGGAGAGGGCCAAAUUUACAGUCUAUAAGGUUCUGGUGAGGAAGACUGUGGACGAGAGCUGGGUCGUGUUCAGACGCUAUACUGACUUCUCAAGACUCAACGACAAGCUGAAGGAGAUGUUUCCUGGGUUCCGGCUGUCUCUUCCUCCGAAGCGCUGGUUCAAAGACAACUAUGAGACGGAGUUCUUGGAGGACAGACAGCUGGGUCUGCAGGCCUUCCUCCAGAACCUCGUGGCCCAUAAAGACAUCGCCAACUGUGUGGCGGUGCGAGAGUUCCUGUGUCUGGAUGAUCCUCCCGGACCCUUUGACAGUCUGGAGGAGAGUCGCGCGUUCUGUGAGACUCUGGAGGAGUGCAACUACAGGCUUCAGAAGGAACUUCUUGAUAAACAGCGAGAGAUAAACUGCUUAAAGAAAACACUGGAAAAGAAAGAGCGACACAUUCAGAUGCUGGAAGGACGAGUCAACGGGGACGUUCUCACUCCAGACAGUCCGUGUUGUCCGCCCGGAGCGGGCAGCGACUGCAGUCUGGACAUGGAGUCUUCUGCUGUGGAGGCUGAUGAGGAGCUGCCUGAUGAAAGCCAGUGUGCGCUUCAGUCGUCUCAGGGCUCCGUGUGCUGGUGCGGUCCGUCCGUCAGCGGUGCGUCUCCUCCGGUCAUUCAGGUCACUCCUCUGGAACACUGAGCCUCUCUCCUCGGGGUUUAUUCUGGUUCCUGUCUGCGGCCGUGACGGAGGACGCACCAUGUGAUCUGUUUUCUGGGCACGUGUUUAAUGGCCAAAGAGUGACGUUUAGCCCCGACACGAACACGCCACGCGCCUCACCCGACGACAGGAAGCAGAAUCACUCGACAGGAAGCAGAAUCACUCGACAAUCAGCGGCACUGAGACCCGCCGCUGCUGGAAGAACAUCUCUCUCUGUUCUCAGGGUCACGUCUAUGUUUUAGUUUUAGUCUUUGAGGUAUAAAUGAGUGAGACUGGUGUUUUUCACGUGUCAUCAGUUCAGAUCACGUCCGCUUCCUGCGCUCGUACUUUCAUGCCGUUGAUGCUCGUUAUAAUCGUGCAGGGCUCGUGUCAGGUGAAACACUGGUAGCGUUAGUUUUUAGUUCAGUUUUCUGCUUCACUGAAAGCCAUAUUUAGAUCACAGCCGAGGCCUGAGGCUCCUGCCUGCGUCGGUCUGUAGCGGGACACAUCGUGCACUUUACGGUCCUGAGGGAUUAUGGGAUAGAUGCUUCUACACUACUUGAUGAAAUCAUGUCGAACUCCACAUUAAAGCUUCAUUUGAAGCCGUGUGCCUUCUCACAGAGUUCCUCUGAUGACACGUGCCUUGUGUCUUUCCCCAGAGUUCCAUGUAUUUAGAAGAAGAUGGUUUUGCUUGGGUUCUGUUUGCUUCUGGGAUGUUUGAGAAUGUCUCUCCGUGUGUUUGUGCUUGAUUAAUUGAUCAUGUUUUUACUCAGCCAAAGGACUGUAGAAAGGAUACGGGAAGCAGAUGAAGUGACGCAGCGCUGCUCUCGCCAUCGACUGUGAUCUAAACUCCAAGGAACUCUAUUGUCUUCACGUUUACAGCAAUAUAAUGUUUGUAUCUGUCACGCUUCUGAUACUCUUCAGUUCAUGCUUCUUGAUUUGACGGCUCUGACAACAACAGUUAUGCAAAUAUAGCACUGAUGUUUAGAGGAUUGUGGGAUAGACUGAGAAAUAUUUUCGGUGACAGAUUUUCCAAUGUUCUGAUCAUUAGAAAUGUAUUUAAUAAAAGAGGCUUCUUUGUGUCGGGACACUUUCAGUGGAGAUUCGAUGCGAGUCUGUGUCGGCGCUGGGGAGUAACUCAUUACAUGUGAUGGAAUUAUGGAAUUUAAUUACAAAAUAAAUGCAACUCUAAUCUGUUA